AUGCCAAGACGAGCCCCAGAUAACGAUUGGACGCCCAGCUCACGCAUCAAAACCAAGAUUGCUGGCCAUAAAAUAAUUACCAGGAGCUCCGGUAAAGUGACUAAGGCAACAAAGCCAAGCAAAAUCACCAAGCCAAAGACGACGACUGAGAAAGUAGCUGAAAUGGUAGCUAAGGCAGCAAAACCAGUAAAAGCCAAGCCAAAGAAAACCACCAAGAAAGUCGCUAAAAAGGUAGAAGCAGUAAAGCCAGUAAAAGCUCAGCCAAAGACAAUGGCUGAAAGAUUUGCUGAAUGGAAAGCCAACCCCACAAUUCCAAAGUUUUCGGCUGUGAGGAACAUCAAGGUAGUGGGAGCAAGGAUGGAAGCAUAG